GUCCCUAAAGUAAAUUAUUAGUCCAAAUGGUAAAUAAACUCUAUUUUAAUCGCCCAUUUGAUCCAACUGUUACAUUCUGUCAAUGUUGCUGUUAAAUGUGAGGACAAAUUGGUCAUUUCGUACGUUAAAACUCUCUCUCUCUCCAUUCCCCCAUGGCCACCACCCUCAAGCUCCAACCCCCAACCCAUCCCACAACCACUCUCCACCCAAACCCAUCCAACAACCACCCUCCAUCCCAGGCCCCAUUUAUGUGAAAAUGCUGCAGAGAGACAAAACAGACCCAUAAAAGCCAAAAGGCUCCAGAAGACAAAUUAAAGACUGGUCCAAAAAUGUAUGAAGAUACAGUAGGCUGCAACUUUGACCAAAACUCCAUGCCAGAAUCAGCAGAAAGUGUCCUCAACCUCAACCCUCUUCCCCUGUCACCUCCACCACAAGUUCUCAUGCCUUCUCCCUCAGAAACCCACAACAACAACAACAACAGCUUUGCUGUUGCAGAAAACUUGAGACUCUCCAUGGAAGAGCUCUCCUACCCUCAUCAACAAGAUCAUCAUGCUGCCAUGGAAAUUGAGCUCCAAAAUGAACUUGGGUUCAAUCCAUACAGCACCAAUACUGACCAUUUGGUUUCCUUUGAGCAACAAACCAAUUGGGACAAUAUUCAUGGUGUCCAUGAUCAGAUGCAGCAACAAUUGCAAGAUGGUGCUAAUGGUGCAUACCCACCUACACCUGACCUUCUCAACCUUUUCAGCUUACCUAGAUGCUCACCCUCCUCUGUUCUCCAAAACUCGUCCAUUACCUUCACAAACCCCAACCCGAGAAGCUCGAAUUUUCUGAACUCUUUGGGGUUCCUCGGAGAUGUCCAUGGUGGGAUUGACACCCCGACAGGGACAGCGAGUUCGGUUCCCUAUGACCCACUUUUCCAUUUGAACCUGCCUCCACAGCCACCAUUGUUCAGGGAAUUGCUUCAGUCAUUGCCACAUGGAUACAGCUUGCCAGGCUCAAGAAAUGGGUCUUUGUUUACUAGUGGUGGGGAUGAGGGAGAGGGGAUUGGAGGAGGGGUUUACUCCGAUGUGAUUAAUAAUGGGAAGCAAUUUGAGAAUGGGGUGUUGGAGUUCUCCAGAGAAAUGGGUUCUAUUGGAAGAGGAGACGUCAAAGGGACCAAACACUUCGUAAGUGACAAGCAUCGUCAAGCAACCGUAGCACUUGUAGCCACUUCACUUAAAAGGAAGUUGAAGGAUUCUCGAACAAUAUACACACCAAGUGACAUUAUGAGAGAUGUGAAACACAGCUUUGGUUGCACCAUCCAUUAUUUGAAAGCUUGGAAAGCAAAGGAGUUAGCUCUAUUGUCCAUUAGAGGAUCAGCGGAGGAGGCAUAUUAUAUCCUUCCAGCUUAUUGCUAUGAAUUGGAGCGUAUGAAUCCCGGCACAAAAACACACAUCUAA